UCUCAUGCAGCAGCAGCAGCACCAGCACUCUGCGAUUCAUAUGAAAAAGAAAGGGAGAGAUCACACAAGCUGCUGCCUGAUGCUGCUGCAGCAGCAGAACACUGAGAUGACACAGACACAUUACCAGAAAGGCUGCAAACGGGACUGUAUCUGCACAAAGAAAACACCAUGCACUCUUCUGGAGCCUGGGACUGUGCAGUAGGCGAAACAAGCAUCUGAAUGGAAGUAUAAUAUUUGUAAAUGUUUUGAUUUAUUUAAUAAUGAAUACUUGGAUGCGUUGUUUGUUUCAUAUUCCUAUACUAAGUGUAACGCUAUUAUUGUUAUACUACAACAGCAGCUUGAUAAAGUGGAAAGCUUUCCGUAGGUAUAACGCUACGGAAGAGAAAAUCCUGCUGCUGGAAGCAUGUGAUGCAUAUCUAAAUGGGAGAAAAGCUGCCUAUGAAGCUACGCUGCCUAGUUCCUUUCACAGAUCUAACUGUCAAGAGUAUUUAAAGCAGAACCACUACAUCACCGCUCCCCUCUCGGAGGAAGAGGAUGAUUUCCCCCUAGCUUACAUGAUGGCAGUUCACAAGGAAUUUGACACAUUUGAGAGGUUGUUUCGAGCAAUCUACAUGCCGCAGAAUGUAUACUGUAUCCAUGUGGAUGAGAAGGCGAGCGCUGAUUACUUGCAGGCUGUAGAUGAUUUAAUAAACUGUUUCCCUAAUGCUUUUCUUGCCUCAAAAAUGGAGCCCGUGGUGUAUGCUGGAAUAUCCAGACUCCAGGCUGAUCUGAACUGCAUGAGAGAUCUGCUGGAAUCAGAGGUACAGUGGAAAUAUGUGAUCAAUACUUGUGGACAGGAUUUUCCAUUAAAGACAAACAAGGAGAUUAUGCAGCAUUUGAAAAACUUUAAAGGGAAAAACAUCACCCCCGGCGUGUUGCCUCCAGAUCAUGCCGUCCCCCGGACCAAAUAUGUUCAUCGUGAGGAUAUAGUCAAUUCCAAUGUGAUAAGGACCAAUAUAUUAAAGCCUCCCCCUCCUCAUAAUAUCACCAUCUACUUUGGGUCAGCAUACGUUGCACUCACAAGGGAAUUUACAGCGUUUGUUCUGAAUGACCAGAGAGCUGUGGAUCUACUGAAAUGGUCUAAGGACACUUACAGUCCAGAUGAACAUUACUGGGUGACAUUGAACAGAAUGGCAGAUGUACCAGGAUCAAUGCCAGAUGCGCAGUGGGAAGGUGACCUCAGAGCAAUUAAGUGGAGAGACAUGAACAACCACGGCGGUUGCCAUGGACAUUACACGCGGGAUAUCUGCAUCUAUGGAACAGAAGACUUGCAGUGGCUAAUAAAUUCCAAUAGUAUUUUUGCUAACAAGUUUGAAUUGAAAUCUUACCCACCAACAAUGGAAUGUCUGGAGUGGAAGAUCAGAGAGCGAGCACUAAAUCAGAGUGAGGCCACUGUGCUGCCUGACUGGUACUUGUAAGCAGUACACUCCUCUUAGAAAAACAGAAUGAAGAAUUGAUAGAAGUGUUCUAAUAUGGAAAAGCCUUGAAAAGUAAACAUCUCUCUCUUAAGAACUGUCCUUAAAAGGCAAUUUGAGGACAAGAAGAAGAUAUCAUCAAGCAACUUCCCUUCCUCCAAGCAUCAGUUAAAUGAAUUAUUUACCAUGCAUACAUCAACUUCAUCUUUUCUACUGGUAUUUACAGUCUGUGCUGCUAUUAGAUGUGUUUAUUUGGAAGCAGAUUGCUUCAGAAGAAUGUAGUUCAUUCAUAAGACAUAAAAAUGCAGGUCUUUAUAGUAGCUUACAUCAUUGAUCGGAAAAUACAUGGUAACUUUUGUGCUGAAUACUUUGAAUACGUAACUGAUGCCCAGCAGGUGCUGUGAAGGGUACUGCGAUUAACAAGUGAACUGUAAAAGUGAUGGCACUGUGUUUAGUAGUAUAAGGAAUAGGAUACGUACUCAUGGGCACUUUACCUUGUCACAGCAUUUACCAGAAGGUGAGAAUUGUCUGUCAGUAAGGAUCAACAAAUUACAGUCAGAAUCAUAGAUAUAAUAGUUGUGGCAGUCUUACAAAUGUUGAACAGGCCAUGAGUGCUGAAUGCUGCGAUUCUGUGCACCACUGGGGUUUGUUAAAACUGCCAUUAGUAUUUUUACAGCAAUUGUCAGAACGAUUCAUUUGGGUUGGGUUCGCCGCCAGUCACAAUACCAACGCCGGGAUCCCAGCUUCUAGAUGCCCGGCGGGGGGGCAAGCGAAACUAAGCCCAUUGGGUGCUCACUACGCUUGCCAUGCUGCGGGCUCGGUGGCGAGCUGUGCUCACCACAGUUUCUAUUCCCACUCUACGGGUGUCGUGGACACCCACAAGUGGGAAUAGUCCCUGUUAGUCGGCAUACCGACUGCCGGGAUUGUGAGGGGGCAGGAUCCCGCUGUCGGUAUUGUGACUGGAGGUCUCCUGACUGCCGGUCACAUAACUACGUCCCAUUCAUUUAUCUAUUGUUUUAAAAAAGUGUUCUAAUACAGGGCACUGUACCAGAUGUUAUCUGCUGAUAAGUGCACACUGUAACCCAUUGUAUGACGUAAGAAAUGCAAUGGAUUUUAAAACUGAAUAGAUGGACUAGGUUUUCACUAAGCCAAGUGUGAAAGGAAAUUGCAGUGUAGAAUACAUUUCAUUUGUUAUUAGAUAUUUUUGAAAUAUUUCAGUCUUUCAAACUAGGACUGUGUGAUGUUGUAAAGCGGGAGGACCAGUCAGUAGCCAUAAUCACAGACAUUGUGGGACAUCUGAUUGGUCCAUCCUCUCAUAACCCUCUUCCACAUCUUCUUUAGAGUAAUGAAUGAAAAUGUUUACCACGCUAGAGUUUGAUGUAGUGUUAAACAUGCAAUACAAAAACACUGAAACUAGCUCAGUGGCUCAGACAGCUGAUAGCCAUGUAUACUGUAUGACCUAAAAUGCAUAUUUAUUAAGAAUCUUGUGUGGUCGAGUUUAAACACACUGGGCAUCAUGUGAAUCUUGUUUGACAAAGUCGUGUUUGCAGAUGGUCUGUGUAAUCAUGUUUAGUCUUCUGCGAGUUCAGUCAUUGUUCUCAAAUGCAAAAAAUCUGUCUGUGAGCAUCAUGUUGUACAGAUGUCUGCACAGGCCAAUGUGAUCUGUGCAGUGCUUCUAAAUUUAUGUGUUCCUAUGUAAAUAAAUGGUUAAAAAAUAGAAAAAUAAUUGUAUGGAGUUCCCCCCCAAAAAGUAUAGCCAGCACCUUGCCAAAGAGCCGGUACUGGAAAUACAUUGGUAAAAAAGGUGUAGGGGGUCCCCAUGAACCAGCACUGGGCUCACCUAGUGGAGGGAGUAAUGCCAUAGCCAGAGACAUGUUUCACAGGUUCCCCCGGCCCAAACGUUAUCCUCCCCCAACUAGUCAGCCGAAGUGGGGAUUCCUCGGGAACUGGGGACCCCCCCCCAAAAAAACAUGAGUCCCAUCUCCUGAGUUUCAGGCCUAGGCUGAAACCUGGGACUAUCCCCCACAUUCCUGGGAGGUGGGUGCGGAGCUGAAAGCAGUCCAAUUUAGACGUUCAAGUGAUAUUGUCUGUUACAGUAGGACUACAGGUUCCGGCAAGCCUGCCCGCAUGUCGGCACUUGGAGAACCACAAUUGCCAGAAUACCUGGACAGUAAGGGCCCGUUGGCACCUAUAGUUCCACUGUAAGGGUAAUAAAAAAAAAAAACAGGACACAUACACCAAACAGGGUAAUACAUUAUUGCACGCCCGCAAUAACACUAUAUACUCACCUUGUCCAUGUGGGACCACGUGCAUGUUUUUUCUUCUAUUUAACCAAUUAUUUAAACAUUGUGCACUUAUGUGUCACACCAAAGCUUUGCACAGAUCACAGUGAUCUGUGCAGGCCUCGGCAGAACACGCUGCUCACAGGCAGGUCUAUUUGAUUCUUUUAUUUUGGUCAGAAUUUCCUCUGUGUUUAGAAACAUGAUUCUUAGGGGGAGAUUCAAUUGUUUGAAAAGUCAGCUGGGUGUCUGUUUUUUCCUAUCUAAUAGACAGGAAAAAACAGACACCCAACCGACUUUUCAAACAUUUGAAUUCCCCCCUUAGAGUAUCUGCGAGUUGUAUUCUGGUAUAUGGAAAGUACUUGAGAGUUGGCUUGAUGGUGCAAUGACUUCUAUUUUCAUGUUCGCCCAUGUUUUUCAAAUAGAAUUCUGUUUUUACACCCAUGUUUGACUUUAGUAAAUCCAUACCUCCCAACUUUAGCUUCCACGGAGACGGGACUAUCGCACGGCUCCGCCGCGCGUCGCUCUGAAAAAGGGGCGUGGCCUCACCAAACUGAGCAUUUUCCAGCCUUUUGGGGGCGUGCCCAGCAAUGCUGCCCGCGGGAGGGACAGCAGGACAGUGUCCGAGUAGCGGGACUGUCCCGCUGGAAUCGGGACAGUUGGGAGGUAUGGUAAAUCUCACAUUUUGAAAAACAGGCUAAACUUGCAGGAGAUUGCAGUCUCGAUUCUUAGUAAAUUUACCCCUAGGACCUUAAGGCAUUGUCUUGUGCCUCAUGCCUCAUUGGUUCCUUAGCUCCUGGUAAAUUGAUAAGCUCAAUUUUCAAUAACACUGGUUCAGCCACUGAAACCCUAUGAGCUUGAUUCAGAGUUGCAUGCAAACCGGUAGCAUCUGUGACCGCAUUGUGUGCCUGAAAAUAGAUGCAGAUUCCCACCUGUACUUGUUGGAUGGAUGUUUAUGACUGCACUAUCCCUUUACAUCUGCUUGUAAGAGCAGGCUCCAUAGUUAUCAGCACGCAUUUGCAGCAGUCCUUUCCCGGGUGCAAGAGAUUGGUAGGAAAUUGUGUGUACUCUUACUUCGGGUCGGCUGCAAUUCCAUGUACAUGUCCACAUACAGUAAGUGUGUCUCAUGCAGCCUUGUGAGCAGGUUCGGGGGGAAAAACUGAAUAUGCAGCCACUUUGCUUGCAACUCUAAAUGAGGCCCUGUAUAUUUAUGAAUAAAACAUUUCAGUACAUAUACAGCUGUUACACACUAGACAGAAAACCAUUAUAAUCCCUUCAGGGAUUUUUCACACACCUGGGUAGCUUUACUAACCAUAAGGUUUUCAAAUCUUAGACCAAUGGCUUUAAAACAGCAACAAUAAUAAAUUCUAAAUCAGGCAUGUUUAGUAUUUACUACAAUCGCCGUUUUAAAUCCAUCAGUCAAAGCCAACAAUCAUCUACGGAUUAGAAAUCUGAUGCUUAGUAAAUGUACCACAAAAUCUUUUUUACUCACAGUAAAAGAAUAGUAUCGUAACGAUUUUUACUUAAUUUCUAAGCAAUCUGGCUAGAUUGCUUAGAAAUUAAGCACACAUCACUCCGUGUGUAGGGUGCGCAACGCUAUCGCCGGCUCUAGAUUUGCGCUGUGUGCUGAGCGGGGGGAGAGAUGUAUGCUGAGCGGUCUGUGAUAGAUCGCUCAGCACACAUCUCUACGUGUGUACCCCCUUAAGUCUUGGAUGAUGCAAGAGCCUUACUGAAACUACUGAAUGUGUAAAUAAAAAAUGCAUAAUAUGCAGCUAAAAGUUAAUGCUGCAGUUUACACGCCUGCAUAUCCUAAAAUGAAUCUAAUACACGCCAAUGCAGGUCAUAGCAACAGAAAGCAAAUUUGUUAUUCUUUAAACCAUAGCACAUUAAUUCAUAUUUAAUAUAAGUAUUGUUAUUAUAUAAAUCCAAAUGUGUUUUGUUGUUGUUCUAGUUAGUUAGUUAGUUUGUUUAUUGUUGUUUGUUUUUAAAUCUAGCAACACAGAUAUUUACUUUUUUUCCAUCAUAAAGGGUGGUGUCACAGUGGCGCUUUUGAACAGUGCAUGCAAUGUUAUUUGAAAUGAAUUCUAGCGCUAUGGGUGCGAUUCAGAGAUGGACGCAAGAGUGAGCGGCUCAUCCCCAAAAUGGAGGUGACAUGCCUCUGCUUUGAGCAACGAUCUUCUCCUCACCCAAAUGCCUGCAGAUUGUCAAUCAAGCUGCGGCAUACAGCGCACUGAGACUAGGGUUGUAUCAACAUUGCAGCACAUGCUCACGGCAGCCGCGGGGUAUAUACAGUCACCAAACUAUUGCUACUUUUUGACCGAAUUGGGACUGUGUUUGAGGCUGAAUCAGGCCCCGUGGACGCUAUUAUUUUUCUAGCUGGAAAAGUUCUAGUAUUCAAAGUGAUAUCACCCAAAUUCUUGCACUGAUACACACACCAUUGGAUUGUUAGCACAGCAAUUGUAAGUUGUAACCUGUAUAACCUAAUGACUUUGUAAACCUUUUUAUUUGUGAGACCUGUGAUAAAUAGUGAAGGACUGUAUGUAUGAUACUACUGCGGAAGUUAGCAUAAUUCUGUCUGUAAUUUUAGAGAAAUUCCAAAUUAACAUUACUUGGGUCAAAGCAGCUUGUUGAAUCAUUGCUCUCUUCAUGUUGUAGCAUUGUCACUGAACAAAAGACAAUUCAGGUACUUAAAUUAUUGUAAGACUCUUCUGGGUCCAAGUGUUCAGAAACAGAAGCGGUUUACAGGCCGUCUUCAGAAGUAGGGGCAGAUGUAUUGGAGAGUGAUAAAGAGGAGACAGAUAAAGUACCAGCCAAUCAGCUCCUAAUGGUAAAUUUUCAAACAUAACCUGUAACAUUACAGUUGGAAGCUGAUUGGCUGGUACUUUGGGGUCAAUGUACUAAGCCUUGGAGAGAGAUAAAAUGGCUGGAGAUAAACUACCAACCAAACAGUUCCUAACUGCCAUCUUUAAGGCUGUGGGCCAGAUGCAUCAUUGCUUGGAAAGUGACAAAAUGGAGAGUGAAAAAGUACCAGCCAAUCAGCUCCUAACUGACAUUUUUCAAACACAGUCUAUGACAUGGCAGUUAGGACCUGAUUGGCUGGUACUUUUUCACUCUCCAUUUUAUCACUUUUUAAGCGAUGAUGCAUCUAGCCCACAGUUUGACAGUUAGCACCUGGUUGGUAGGUAUUUUAUCUUUUAUCUUUCUCCAAGACGUUUGUAAUUAGAACUGUGAACAUUACUUUUUGAAGUCAUUGAAUUAAAACAGUUAAAAUAAAAGUUACUUUGUAUAAAAAUCCUCAAAUUCAUGUGAGAAACAUAUAAAUGACACAAUGGUCUGUAACCCACAAAUAUCUGAUUAUUUGUUAUUGUCAUUUUUUAUGAUUGUGUGAAAUUAUAAUUUGCAACCAGGGCAAAACUACAAGGGGUGAGGCUGCUAUGUUUCCCGAAUGUGAGGGAGGCUCAGCAGUGCUGAGCUGUUUUAAAUUUCCUGCUACCCCCGAGGUCCCUGCUUUGUUUUCAAAAACACAUAUUGAACCCCUCUUUAGAAACAGCCCAGGGAGGGAUUUCUUUUGAGAGUAUAGCAGAGUCCCAGGACCCUAGAGCGCCAUCACUGCGUCCUACCCUUAUUUUGUUAUUAUGCUUGUCAAUGCACUGUAUGUGCUCUGUAUCUAACCCUUAUGGGCUCUACACACUGGCAGAUAACACUGAACGAUGUGAACGUUCUCGUUCAUUAAUGAAUGAGAACUCGCUCAUAUCGUUCAGUGUGGAGGCACCAACGAUGCGCAGACCCGCGCUCGUUCAUCGUUGAUGCCCCGUCGCUUAUGCAUGCAAGCCAAUAUGGACAAUCUUGUUCAUAUUAGCAUGCAGUGCUAUGGAGCCGGGUGACGGGGGGAGUGAUGAAACGUCACACCCCCACCCCGCCGCCGGGUCGCCCUUCUGCCGCAUCGGCCGUCGGGCAGCUUGGCGCCGGGUCGACAAGUGUGUAGGCCCAUUAUUUAUCGAGUGUCAACAGAUAAUUUAACGCUAUAGACAUCUACUCGGAUAUGUAAUGGUAUGCCAGCGGCCGGGAUCCCGGCGGUCAGCAUACUGUCGUGGACACCCACGAGUGGGAAUAGCCCCUGUUAGCCGGGAUUCUAGCUGUCGGCAUUGUCAGUGGUCGGGAUUUCGGUGUCGGUAUCCUGACCGCUGGGAUCGUAGCUGCUGGCAAUGUAACCACAUCCCAUCUACUCCGCCUUGAAUAAAUUGUUUUCCCUACAAUAGGCACACAAAUAAAUAUGCAACAGACUGAAUAUAUUCAAAAACUUAUCAACCAUCCAAUAUGUGUAUGUUCCCCCUCUCCAACAUGUGGAGAACAUACAGAUUCAAAACAGAGGGAGUCAACUCGGUUGGAUUAAACCUAAGGCCUCUGAAUGUAACUGGAGACUUGCCCUUCCAUAUCAGUUCAAGUACCCCCGACAGGUCAUGUUUUCAGUGUUUCUCUCUGUAGAAAUGGGUGAGAAAAUUACUAACAAGCAAACUAGAUAAAAUCACCUGUGCAUGUUCAAAGAAAUCCUGAAAACAUGACCUGUUGUGGGUACUUGAGGAUUUGGGUUGAAGACCCCUGUUGUAAUGUAAACAGUCCCCCAAUGAAAACUCAACACUCCUGUUGCAGUUGGCCAGAAAAAUAAACAAGCAUCUUAGAAUUUGAAUAGCAUUGUUUAAUUCCAAACCUAAAAUGCUGCAUAGUAAUAACUUUACGAUGCAUUUGUAUGCUCUGGUUUGUUAAUCCUAUUACAAAUGUGUGUAUAACCGUGAACUCAUCUACACCCAAACUACACACUCAGAACCACGCACUAGAAGCCAAUCUCUCUUUAGUAUUUGUCUCCUUAUUGCACUGAGUAACUAAGCACUGUAGCAUGAAAAAAUACUAUUUCCUUAGUAUGCUUCUUUCUACUGUAUUAAAGUUUCAUUAUUUUAUGAUGGGGCAUUAGUAACUAUUGUUUUAUAUAAAUAUAUAGACACAACAUAUAAUCUAUAAGAUGUUAAAUAUUAACUAGUAAUGGUUACAAAGUAUACAUGUUCUAAAAGAAAUGUAAUUAUGUAAAUGUAAAAAUACUACAGUAUAUAUUUAAAUAUAUUUCUCUAUCCUAGAAAAAUAAAUAACACAUUUAUUUAAGGAAUCAUAGUUACGAUUAAGGGGCUGAUUUAUCAACAAGUUAUAAAACUCGUUGCAUAUAAAAUGCAAUAGAGAAUUGUUAGUUAGAAACCAAUUGGGUGCUAUGGGCAACACCGCCAUUUUUCUUUCUCAGAACGUUACUAAAUAUACCCCCAAAGGUAAGAAAAACCCCACCUAAUAAUAGGUCAUCUUGGGUAGAGGAAUAUGAGGAUCAAAUGCUUCAUUCUAUGUCAGGGAUAUACAUCCCUAGUGUCUGCAUAUUGGGAACUUCAACUGACCCAUUGAAAUUAUUCUGAAAGUGGCCUGUUGUUGUAGGUGGAGUCAAAUGUGGAUGGCAGGGUCAAAUUAGAAGGCCCAUGCAUGCCCUAUGUAGUGGCAGCACCCCAAGUGCAGUGUGGGCUUGCAUAGAAGACAAUGUUAUGCUACUUUCACUCCUUUGCUCUUCAAAGGGUAACAAUGAUCCGCAUACAACUAUGACACACAUGUGGCUCCCUCUUCAAGAACAGAGCACUUGAAUGCUGUUGGAGACUGAUUACUCGUGGUAAGAUGGCACUGACCCCACAUGUGCUCAAGGAUGGAAGGGAGAUGACCCAUGCAGAGGGGAGGAACAAGAAAACAGACGGAGAGGGGAGGGCUGAGCCAAACAGACAAUCAGGAAGGAAGAGCAGAUCAAUUCACUCUCUGUCUAGUAACCUAGGCAUCCUCCCCCAACCGUGCCAGUAAAAAAAUAAAAAAAAAUAAAAAAAAUAAAAAUGAAAAUGCCACAGGUGGCCCUAUGAUAUCAAAGGGGCUACUGGUGUACCGGACAAAUCCACUGUGGGGCCAAUGGCCAGUCUGCCUCUUCCUGCUUGAUAUCACCCUUCUGUUCAUAUGCUGCACACUUAAUUCAUGAAAGGCAUAUAUGUACUGAUCUGGAACCAUUGCUUCUAUUAAUUAUAGGAAAGUAAGGUAGUGACAAGCACAGACAUGCCAUAGAGAUCAGGGGAAUGCAACACUUUCUCAAACAAAAACUAUUUACAUAUGCAUAGUAUACAUAUAAUACAAACACAGACAGCAAAUAACAAGCAUUAUAUUUACAAUGCGUAUUGAUAGUAUAUUAAAAUAGGUUAGAACUUUGGUUUAGAACUAUGGUAUGUUAAUAAUUAAAGCAAUGUGUUUAGUUAUGCUUUCCCCCAGUUAUCAUACUGCACUUGUUUUUUGUUUGUUUUUUCGUUAAAACUUUAAACCAAGACAAGUUUCCUUAUAUAAAAGAGCUACUGCUAAUAUACUGUAUAUUGACAGAAGCCCCCUGGUUGUUUCCUUCAAUAUUACUGCAGAGACUGCAACUCUCCUCAGUAAUCACAGCUUUAUGCAGAUAUCUUCCAUUCUCAUAAACCCCUAAGACUUCCACAUCUGCAUGUGACUGUGUAGCACCCCUAGGGGCCAAGGGUCUAGUUUGUUCAUAUGGAAUUGCACAAUCGCAAGGAAGCAGCUGUGCAAUUCCAUGUCACUAAAAUUCUAAUGCAGUAGGAAACGUCUGUAGGAGUUGUCUGCAUGCAUUUGAGAGAGUGCUGCGUAUGAGGACACAGCCUCGGAUCACCAUCAUGGCCAUCGUUCGCGAUUCACAAUGUUUGUAGGCACCGGUAAGUCUGCGUAAGGUGAAGUUUAAUCAGCCUGGCUGCGGGAUCCGGAUAUCUGGGUCUAGUAAGUCUGCGACGCAGACCCUGGACUCGUCACAACUUAUUAGCCAAAUGCAUAGCCCAGUGGUUCUCAAACUGUGUGCCGUGGUACCCUGGGAUGCACUUGCAGGGGUGCCCUGGGUUGGUUGUCCAGGACCAAUUCAAAUUAUUUGUGGUCAAUGUAAUAGGCAAAACCAGUGCUGAUGACUGUCAAUCAUAAAAUAUGUGCACAAACGGAAGCAAAAUCUUGUUCCUCACCACACAAUUGAACCUAAGAAUGACAUAUAAAUACAAUUUACUUCAUUUAACAUUUCUUUCUAAAUUUCUCAAUAAUAAACCUUUGGCCUAGGGGUGCCAUGAAAGGAAUUCUGAUGCUCUAGAGCACUGUGAUUCAAAAAAGUUUGGGAACCACUGGCAUAGCCUGAAAGUCACAGCAAGUGAGGCUAACUGACAGGCUUUGUGGCCCAAUAACUUUUAUUAGGCAUUUUAAGUUUUGCUGCCUUUUAAAUAACCAAUUUCUUAGUUAAUAUUUCUUAUGUAUGGGUCAACAAGUUCCAUGACCUUAUGUAGUUGAUUCAGGUAAGAAGAGCUACUUAGCAUUAAGAUAAAACAUUACAUUUUAUUAAUGAUUAAAAUGCAUAUGUGGAAUAGCUUGACAAAAUGACAAGAAGUAAAAUGUACACUGAACGAUGCAGGCUAAUUUGAUAUUAAUUUGCUUUCAUUUACCACUAUUAAAAACGACAGCUCUAGAAUCAUUUUAAUAGGUCUUUUGACUUAGAUGUUCCGGUAACAGGUUUUCUCAGUAAUGAAACACCACGUACAAGCUUUAGCAGAAACUAUGAAACACCACAUACAAGCUUUAGCAGAAACUAUUCCAAACCUUUUUAAAAUAAUUCUAUAGGUGGUAUUCAAUUAUUUUCACUCUCUUCCACACCCAUUCUGUUUCUGCUGACGGGCGUGGUAUAUUUAUUUCAGCUCGCUACCCAGGGGAAGCAAGGGCUCCCAACCCUUUACGUAGCCAAUCCUGAUUACUAUGGGCACGAUAACAGGGAUCACUUUAGAAAGGAGAUUGGGCGUGAUAUAUUAUUUGAAUACCGCCCUAUGAAUCUAAACUUAGCAUGCAUUGCUCCGUGUAAAUUUUUAGAUUCAUUUUCACAUGCUAUUGUUAAUUUGAUAUAUGAAAUUUUGGAUAUGCAAUAUUAUAUCUUUGUUGUUACUCCUGGAUUAAUUAAUAUAUAUCUAUGAAAACAGAUUUAUAUCUUUUGACUUGGGUAUUAUGGUUGUCCCAUCAAUAAAAAACCAAAUGCAAGCUUGAUCAGAAACUAUUCAAAACCUUUUUUUGAAUAGAGCGUGGGAACCUUUGUCCUUUUUCUACAUAAAAACAUAAACCUUACCUUUGUGCACCUGUUUGAAAGUCGUACUAUAUUACAGACAUGUGUAGCCUUUACUCAAGGAUCCCAAAACUGUGACUAUGGGCCAUACUUGCCUACUAUCCUGCAAGUUGCAGUCCUCUGCACCCAGGGAAGAUUGGCCAAAUCUCCCGCAUCCCGUCCACUUCUCAGUGAAGCCUUCAGAAUGAGGAGAUUAUACCACUCCCAUGUAAAGGGGGUGGGACUAAAUGACAUGAAUUUGUGCCAUUUAACCCCGCCUCCUCACCAAACCCAAAGGGCUUAACGAUAGCCUGGCUCUACCAGGCCCCACUCCCCCUCAAAGUGUCCUGCAGUGUCUCCUCUCCAGGCUUAUCCCAGAGAGGAGAUCAUAAAGGUAGGUAAGUAAGCGCUAUGGGCCUUCCUCAGAGGUGUGUGUAGUGUCCGUACCGAACGCACGCGUUUAAUGUUUUCACUCUGUGGCGGCGUCUGAGUCGCACUGCGCAUGCAACCCAAUGGUUACGGCUCAAAAUUACAUGCAGUGGGAUGGAAGUUUGGUGGGCGUUUAACAGAGGCGGAUAGCCAAAUAAACAGCAAAAAUGCACCUGCCCUUUUUAAUGUUCCAACCCAACAGAAUAGCAUCGCGGCCAGUUGGUGUCUUAGUAGAAUCGGUUUCGGCAUUUGCAUGAAGGUGCAGGCGCUGUCGCAGAAAAAGACAAUAACGAGAGCAACUAUCUGCACCUCUGUAUCAGGCCCUAUAUGUAGCUGGCAAAAGGAAAUGAAAUGCUCAAUGAAAACCAACAUUUAAUACAUUUGUGUUAGCCAAAAGUAUUUAUUUGUAUAUUUUAUUUUUAUUUUGCACUAAUAGAAAAUAAAGAGAUUUAUUAAAACCUAUAAAUUCCUGAAGUAAAUUUAACAGAAGUAUAUACUAGAAUGAUAUGUACUGUACUUGAUUCUCAAUUUGUAUGUAAACAUUGUAAUUGUAUCUGAAUAUAUUUUUAUGAUGUUCGUGUUUUAGAUAUUUAAUGUGUAAUUUGU